UUUUGCUGGCCGGUAUUCUUGGCUUUGCAGAACUGACGUUCGAGCGGGUGGAUUGGAGGCGUAGUUUUCAGUGGCAUACUGACCUACAUUCGAGUAGCCGUUUCAAUUCAGCUGUGACUGUUCGCCGUGGGUGUUUAGAAGAAAUGGGGGUGGUGUGAGCGACGAAGAAAUGUGAAGUAAUCGGUGUCAGAACCCGACACAUUCGCUGCGAUACAAUAUGUGAGUCAUUUUGCCCUUUUAAUAAACUGGUGCCUCCUUCAUGACUGUCCUAUCCUCAUUGCAGUAAGUGGGUCUUAAAUGGACGGACAGAUGCAUUUUCUGAAAUAAUCCAUUUACAAUUUAGGUAUUUGACAUUGCACUAUUCUUUACUGCUUAAAAUGAAACGGAACAGACUAUUUAUUAAGCCCCAGAUGCAAGAACUUGCUUCCUCAGAGAGAGGAAACAAAAAAUUGAAGUCGGUGUCUCCAUCUUUUUGCCAGAGUGUUGUCCACAAGCAGGACAUGAAUGAAGACUGGGGCAGUCUGCCUCACCAUGUAGUUCUACAGAUCUUCCAGUAUCUGUCUCUGGUAGAUCGUGCACGUGCAUCCUCUGUAUGUAGAAGAUGGAAUGAAGUCUUUCAUAUUCCAGACCUCUGGAGAAAAUUUGAAUUUGAGCUCAAUCAGCCUGCCACUUCUUAUCUCAAAUGCACCCAUCCUGACCUCAUCCAGCAGAUUAUAAAGAAACAUGCUCAGCAUCUGCAGUAUGUAAGCUUCAAGGUGGAUAGCUGUACAGAAUCUGCAGAGGCAGCCUGUGAUAUUCUGUCGCAGCUAGUGAACUGUACCAUUAAAACUCUGGGCCUGAUUUCCACGGCACGCCCCAGUUUCAUGAACGUACAACAGUCACAUUUUGUAUCUGCUCUCACUGUGGUGUUUGUCAACUCAAAGUCACUCUCUUCAAUUAAGAUUGAUGACACACCAGUUGAUGAUCCUUCCCUGAAAGUGCUUGUUGCAAAUAAUAGUGACACACUUAAACUUUUAAAGAUGAGCAGUUGUCCCCAUGUAUCCCCAGCAGGAAUUCUCUGUGUGGCUGAUCAGUGUCAUGGGUUGCGGGAACUGGCUCUGAAUUACCACCUUCUGAGUGAUGAGCUCCUCUUAGCCCUGUCCAGUGAGAAGCAUGUUCACUUGGAGCAUUUGAGAAUUGAUGUUGUAAGUGAGAAUCCAGGCCAGACACAAUUUCACAUCAUCAAGAAGAGCAGCUGGGAUGCCCUAGUUCACCAUUCUCCAAAAGUCAACAUUGUUAUGUAUUUUUUCUUGUAUGAGGAGGAAUUUGACCCAUUCUUUCGUGAAGAAACACCUGUAACCCACCUUUACUUUGGACGGGCUGUUAGCAAAGAGAUGCUUGGUCGUAUUGGACUCAACUGUCCAAGGCUGAUUGAACUAGUAGUAUGUGCCAAUGGCCUUCAGCCUUUGGAUGAAGAGCUUAUCCGAAUUGCAGAUAGGUGUAAGAAUUUAACAGCCAUUGGCCUGGGUGAAUGUGAGGUUACCUGCAGUGCUUUUGUAGAGUUUGUGAAGAUGUGUGGUGGAAGGCUAACUCAGCUUUCUAUAAUGGAAGAGGUGCUGAUUCCAGAUAACAAGUACAAUGUUGAGCAAAUUCAUUAUGAGGUCUCUAAACACCUUGGACGGAUGUGGUUCCCUGACAUGAUGCCCACAUGGUAAAUGUGUUGUUUAUACGUUAGACACAUUUGAAGCUUAUAACUUUAGCAACGAGGAAAAAUGAGAAAAAGAACGCUUUCAGUGUUUAGGUUUCUUUAUCAUAAAGAGAAAGACAUGCUUGCUUCCACAUUCUUUUUCCAUGUAAAUGCAAUAGGAUUUAAGAGCUACAGAAAUAUUUGAAAGCUUGGGUGAAGCAAACAGCAAAUAUUAAGGGAUAAAGAUCAGCUCUAUCUGAAGAAUCAGACUUUUGAAGAAUGUCUUUUUGCAAGGUAACAAAUCUACACUUGUGCAAAAAAAAAAAAGACUUCUUGUAAAGGUUUUGAUAGCGUUCCCUUGCUUUGCCUGUUGAAGUACUUUUGUCCAGUAAAGGUUACGUUGGGCUUUUCUGUUUGUUCGGUAUUGGGUAAACAUUUACCUAAAAUUGAUAUUUGACAUUGUCAUUGUAUACUAAUUUCAAUACAUUUAAGUAUAAGCAAAAAAAUGUUGUAGUUCAUUUUAACCAAUUAGAUGUGGUAAAUUCAGACUUUUUUGUUGUCUUCUGAAAGUCUGAAAUGUGAUUCCUUUUUAAGGAACACCUUAAAGGCCAAAAGAUGUAUUUAUUGUGACAGAGGCACAGCAGUAGCAUAAAUCUCUCUUAAAACUGAAAUAAUGCAAAUGAGUGGUGUAAAAGAUUUUAUUUUAUUCAUAUACUGUAUAAUUCUCACACACACACACACACACCAUAUAAUAAUAAACCAUGUAAAUUAUUUUUAGAACAGCAAUUGGUUUGCAAGUUUUUGGUCAUGUUCUUAAUUAUAUUAAGGCAGUAGACAGUGUUGAUGCAUUCUUAACUUCUGGUUUGACAUGGAGCUCAAAAUAUUAAGCAAAAUGGAGCAAUUUUUGAAGGUUAAUCUCCUUUGUUCUCAAGCCUAAGUUGAAUCGGUUUCAUAAAGGUGAUCAAUACAAUGAACCCAUGGUAGAAUUUAUCUUCAUAUACAACUAGACAAAAACACUUGGGCAAGUAUGGUAAGAAUUUUUUUAUAAUCUUAGAUUUCAAGCCAUCCAGUAGAGCCAUGUUUUUUUCUAUAUUUGAUGAUAAUCCAGUUACUUACUCCAGCAGUGAUUUUUAAAUUGUAUUUGCAGUAUGUUUUUGUUCCAGAAAGUUGCGAUAGGUUUAAGGAAAAACUGUAAUUAUUGAAAUGAGUGUUAAAUAAGUGUUUUCAGUCAUGGAGCAAGUUUAAUGCACAAUUUUUUCAUGUGGCAAUUUUUGAAGCCAGUGACCAUUUUUUGCACUUUAGAACCCAUUUUCAAAGGUUUUGAUUUCAUGCAGAGUAUUUAACCAUUUUGAUUAAAGUUUCAGAAUGCUCAGAUUAUACAGUGGAUUCAGAAAUUAUUCAUACACCUUCACUUUAUGUACACUUUGUGUUGUAGAUUUCAUUUUAAAUUGAUAAAUUUUCAAUAUUUUCCCAACAGUCUAUUCUAAGUAACCCAUAAUGAUAAAGUCAAAAUAUGUUUUAGGAAAGGUCUGUAAAUUUAUUAAAAAUCAAUAACUGAAAUCUCUCAUUUAUACGAGUAUUCAGACCCUUAGCUGUGGCACUCCAAAUUGUACUCCGUUGCAUCCUGAUUGCUUUAAUAAUCCUUGCUGUGUCUAGAACUUGACUGAGGUUCUGCUGUGACAAACUGAAUUAACUGGAAAUCAUUUAGAUUGCAUGUCCGGAGAAAAAAACAAACUUUGAAGUCCAAGGAGCUCUCCAUAGACCUUAUUGAUUGGGGUAUAAAAAAAUUUUUAAAAUGUUGAAUCUUCCAGAAGUACAGUGGCCUGAGUAAAUCUGAAAUGGAAAAUUUGGAACCACCAGGAUUCUUCCUAGAGUUGGUGGUCCAGCCAAACUUAGUAACCAGGGCAGUGGGGCCUUGAUCAGAGGGGUGAAAAACAACCAAAUGGUCACUCUGACAGAGCUUCAGAAGUCCUGUGUUGUGCUGGAAGAACCUUUUUGGAAAGGAUUACCAUCUCAGUAGCAGACUCUCCAGUGAGUUGCCUAUGAUAGCUGCAAAGCGUGUACAGAAUUAAGGGUAUGAAUACUUAUAUGUAUGAGUGAUUUCAGCUUUUGAUUUUUUAAUAAAUUUGCAAACCUUUCAGAAAACAGUAAUUAUGGAUUAUUGAGUGUAGAUUGGAGGGCAAAAAAGUCAAUGUCAAAUGUAUCCAUUUUAAAUUAAAUAUACAGCCGAAUAAACUGUGCAGAAAAUGAAUGGAUCUGAAUACUGUCAGAAUCCACUGUAUGUAGACUAAAUGGAUUAUUUUGUUAAAGCAUUUGUUUAACAUUUCAAAACUUUGUAAUGCAAAGAUGAAGAUUUUGACAUUAAUAUAAAGCCUACCAUUUUUUAAAUGACUAAUGUGACAUUUUCCUGUAUAUGUUGUUAAUGUUCUUAAAAUUGCUCAAAAUUUGUCUGAAAAGCAUUAAAACUGCAUGGAUGAAGGGAAGCAGAAUGAAGAGAAGAACCAUCAUGGAAAUUUGGUGCAUUUUGUCUACCCUUAAGAAAAAAGUUAACAACAUUAAAGUGUGCAGGAAAGAUAAUUGGAGAAAAAUUGUCCUCCUGUAGCUUGCUAAAAGGGUGUGAAGCAAAAAUUUCUCAUGAAGACACUUUCUGGAAACUGAGUGGACCUGGAGAUGGUGCUUGUCAGAACAUCACAGCCAGCCAUGAUGUGUUUUGUUUAAAACUGAAAGUUGCACAGGUUCUCUUGUUGAACAUUAGAGAAAUCUCCAAAUAGUGUGGUUGAAGUACUGUGUAUGAUGAAGAAGCAACAUUGGAGAUCGGAGAUUAGUUCAAAACAGCAGAUCACAUACCUCAAAUUCUAGGAUUAUUUAAAGAAUACAUAUAUCCAUACUGCCACACAUGGACUGAUGGCAAGAUUUUGUAAGUGGUGAAAGAUUUUGUGAUGCUGAUAACAUAAAAGACAAUGCUGUAAUAACACAAGUUUUCUGAUGAAGAAGGUAAUUUUUUUUUUUUUUUUUAAACAGCAUAUAUUUCUAAUAUCCACACAGAUUGUAACCUUUCCACAUAUAAUGGAAUUUAAUAAAGGUUUUAUAGUUUAAUAUUAAAAGAAAAUCCAACUAUUUCGAGGAUACGAGUUAUACUCUGGAAAUCUUCAUGGAACAAUGGGCAAAAUAUUAAUUACACUAUUGAUAGUAGUGUGUUGCAUGAUUUUUCUUAAGAUUUUUUUUUAAAGAAAUUUAACUCAUUACAGAAAAUAACUGUGUGGAUAAUGUAACUUUAUGCCAUAAUUGCAUGUGUAGAAAUUCUUAAUCAUGGGGGUCUUAUUAUUUAAAAAGUCAACAUUCUGUAUGUUGUGAAAAAGUAACUGUUUCGUUACUUCUUCUGUCAUCUCAGUUAAUGCAACUGAAAUUACAGUGUAACACACCAUUUUAUAAAUGAUUUUUGAUCAUAAAGAACUUGAUAAAAUGCCAUACCCAGAACAAAAGAAAUUUGUGAGAUCCUUUGGGGAAAGAAAAUUCUCUUAUCUGUUUGAGAAGAAUUACUUACUAGUCUUUAAACAAUAUGAACUCCAUUAUUUCACAGUAAGAAAGGAAAUAUGUAAGGGGAAAAAAAUUCUGACUUGUUUUUAGUUUACCCGGAAGUGGUCAUUGUACCAAGUUACUGUAUGUCAACAGCAUGAUAUAUAAGCCUACUAGGCAGUAAAUGGCCUGCUUUGCUAUGGUAAGAAAUAGUUUAUCGGUCAUCAUUUAGUGGACAAUAUUUAUAAUAGUGCCUUUCUUGUUGGGUAAUGAUUUUGAACUAUUUUAUUCCUAAGGGAUUUGAGAGACCAAUCGACUUAUUACAAGAAACAUUUGUGUUAAGUGAUUGCUGCUAAAGGGUGUGCCUUAGGUUAAGGGUACAUUUUUCCCUCAUAAACAUAUUGAAUGUUGGCCUGUUAUACAGUAUUUAUAAAUAAUAAAAGAAAAAUCUGGAUUAAAUCAAUAUCAUUUAUUUGCCCCAUUCCUGAUGAUUUGUAUGUGUACAAAUUUGGUUCCAAAUAGUAUCUUUUUCAACAAUACAUGUCUGGAUAUAUUUUAUAUCUUUCAAUAAUGAGGUUGCUUCAUUUGCUGAGUAAAAGUAUGCUGCUUUAUUUCUGCAUGCUUUUUAUCCAGUUAACAAUUAACAAAUAUUGGAGUAAUUGACAUAUCUUACAUAGAGAACCUAAUCUAAAGAUACAGUAUUUGCAUUUUUAUGUGAUCAUGAUCAAGUAUGUUCUCCAUAAAUAAACUAUAAGGAAGGAAGUAAUCAUUUGCAAAUAACACAUCGUGAUUAAGUAGAUGUUUCAUUAAAAAAGUAAGAAAUGUAAGCAAACAUAAGGAUUUUAACAAUUGAUUAAAAAAGAGACUGAGAUUAUAAAUUCUUUCAUGCUUCUGAGAGCUACUAUCCUGCAGAAUAGGUGAGCACAACCUUGUUUCAAUAGUGCUAUUGAAGGCUGCAGGUUUCCAUGAAAACUUACUUUCUCAGAGGUUAGUUUGUGUUAUUAAUAAGAGUAUGGCAUUUAAUAAGGAGGCCAUGUCAAAAAUUGCCAUUGUUCCAAACAAGAUUAGUACAUCUCAAUCCUCUAUUUUUUUUUUCUCUUCUUUGUUCUCCUUUCCAAUAAAACUGCUCCAUCAUGUUGUAAACUCACAGAUGCAAAUUGCAGCAAGCCAGCUGCUUCUUUUUUGCCCACUUUUUAUGCAUUGUUACUAAUAAUCUGUUAGUUUAAGGGAAAGGAAAAAUUAAGAUGUCAAAAUCAUAGUUAAACAAGUGAUCUAAAAAGCGACAAUGGAUGACUUCAGUAGAAGGUGUUACAAUAGUAAGCAUUAUUUAAAAAAAAAUAUUAACUAAUUGCCAACUUUGGCAUAAUCAUAUUUGUUUUUUUUGUUUUGUUUUUUAUUUUUAAUACGUCUUUGUUUGGCCUUUUUGUUUAUCACCAGAGUUUUCAUUUUUCUUAUGAGUUUUCUUAAGUCAGUGUUAUAUUAAGCAACUUCUAGUUGUAAGAUAUGUCAAAUUUGCUGACUGCAGUUUCUGGUCUUGGCACUGGACCAUGUCAUUUUACAGUACUGAAAAUUGCCGCCAAUGUCAAAUUUAACAACUGAACAGCAACUUUGUAGUACACCUUUUUCUGACAGCCAGUAGCGUAUCGCCCAAUGGAGCCAGUGCUGUACAAAGGAUUAACCAGUACGGCGAGAUAGGAUGCAAUCUUGGCCCUUUUUUUCUUUUUCUGAUCUAUUUCAGCAUUUAAAACAUGAGACAAAAGAAAGACUAACAUUUUUCUGUUCGUGAGAUCCAAAACACCCUUGUUCCUUAUUCCUCAUUUAUUGCUACAUUUUUAUUACACUUCCAGAUGAGCAUUCAUUAGCUGUCAUGAACACAGAGCCUGCCAGUAUGGUUAAAUAUAAAACCACACCUGUUUGAUUUUGUCUGGGUGAGUCAUGGACUAUUUGGAAUGAGAUUCUAGAUAUGUCCCACUAGACUGAAGUGUUAUGAUUAUGCAAAUGAAGGCUAACUGUAAAUUACUGGAAAAGUCCUCUAAUGUGACAUGACCUUCAGUAAAUUAUUGGUUCUAUCUGCUUUUGUUUUAUAUUAAUACAUCUGAGUUUCUCUCUUUGUCAGGGGUGCUGUUCAUUUCUGUUGUUCAUGGUCUGGUUCCCUUUUGUUGCUAUUCAUAACUUUUCUGUAAAUGCAUUCAUUGAUAAAUCAGAGUUUCAAACAGUUAAUGUCUUACAUAAUUACUGUUUUGUCUGCUCAUUUGGGUCAAACAAACAGGUGAUAGUAGUCACACUGUUGGAAGACAUGUACAUUACCUUGGGUGGUCUGCAUUACUCUCAGUAGUAGACUAUCUUUCUUCUUUGCCAGAUUUUCAGACCCGAUUAUUAAGUGCCCACUCUUACCACCACUCUUGAUCCCCAAGUCAUAAUGAGAAGAUCAGUUUAUAUAAUUACUUUGUAUACACUACAUUUUGUAAGAUGUUGUGGCCCAUUAGAUGACAGUGAGUGAAAAAUUAAUAAUUAGGCAUAAAGCAGUUAUUUGGCACUAAAACUCUAAAUAUCCUAUAGGUGAAGAAAGAGUUUAAAUGAAAUGCACAAUGAAAAGAGAAACAAGGGUUUCAUUGUAAUGUUAUCAAAAUAGCAUCUAUUCUAGCAGCCAAAAUAUGAAUGCUACUAAGGAUUUAUUCCAUUUCAUAAAAAAAUUACUUGUUACUAGAUGAUCAGAGACAUAAUUUGUCCAUUAACUUUUCAGAUUUAGUCAUUCUCACUUAAAUUAAAUUUACUAUUGAUUCAUUUGUAUAAUUAAGCUUCAUUUAACAAAUUGGUGUAAAUUCAUUGCUCAUUUUCCUUAAACGUACUUUUUAUGUGUGAAUAAUAGCACUUGUCUAAAUUGUUGCUGUUAAUUGUUUUACUUUAAUAUCUAUAAAAAUAAUUUUUAUUUUUUAUAAAGAAGACUGAUCAACUUGUAAGCUGUUGUGUGGUGUCUUACACUAAUUCACUUUAGUUGUGAACGCUUUAACACACUACAUCUUAUAGAAGAAAUACUAUCCUCCAUGUGUUUCAGAGUUGAUAAAAUUACAUUUCUCUGUUUAAAGGGAAGAGGAAAAUGUAAUGCCAAAAUGUCUAAUAUUUAGGUAAUUCAGAAAACGGCACCAAAUUCUUUUUUUGUGCAAGUUAAGAUACUCUGUUAUAAAUUGUAACUUAAGAUAUUGGUGUAUUAUGCAAAAUCUUGGAGAACCACUUCAUUAAGCACUUUAAAAAUGUUUCUGACAUGUUCUAAGUCAUGUUUUGUUUAUAGUUUGAGUAUUUUUUUGUUUUUUAAUGGAACAAUUCAGUUAAAGAGGACUGGAAUGAAGGGUUUUGAUGAUUUUUUAAAAUUUUAUUUAUAUAAAUGGAUGAAAAUGUGAGAUUCCACAGAUUCAGAAUUUUCUUUUGGUUAAACUUAACUAUAAAAAUAGGAGGAGUAGUGCCAGGAGGCAUGUAUUCCCAAUAAUACCAAAGUCAUGUUUUGUUAUGUUCUUUGAGUGAUAUAAUUUGUAGAUCAAAUAUAAUGAUCAUACACCAUAAGACUUGCACCAGUUUGCCCUUAUUCUGUACUUAAAGAAUCAAACAUAUUUCCUAUUAAAUAAACAAAACUUUGAUAGGAUUAACAAUGCAGUUCAUCAUUUUUCAUGUUCUUUGUUUCCUCUGUACACAUUUCUUUGCUAAGGUUUUAAGCCUGAGGUAAUUAACAUGAACUUUGACCCAUUGGUGUUUGUAGUGGAAGGUGUGAAUUUUGAGUCCAUAAUCUAAUUGCACUAAUGAUUUUCAAAAUAUAUAAAAUGUUUUUGCAUGAGGCUAUUUAUUUCCUCCUUCUAGAGAACUUCAUAAACCUAUGAUAAAAUUAUUCUGUAUACUA